AACUUCCCCGACGGGGGGGGCGAUAGCCAGAAUUGACUUAGCGACUCUCUUUCUCUCGUGUCUUUAAAGUCUAUUUAAUUCUACUGGCGACCUCCAUGAAUACCCAUCCUCGGAUUCUACCCACCCUCUGCAGUCAACGCUACCUCAAAAUCCAAAUCUCUCUCCAUCUGCUCCGGCUAUCGAUCCAAGACUCCAUUUUUCUUCCUGGGUCCUUGCAGUCACUUCGAAAUCUCAAAUGGGUCGGAGGCAGAACGACCCAGAUCCCUCCCGGUACACUUCUCUCUUUCUCGUCUUGGUGGGUCUGAUUUCUUUCGGUUUAGUGUACGCAGUUGUUUCUACACUUGUAAACUCCAAUGGGAGCUCGAAGAAUUCGAGCUUUGAUUCUUUGGAAAUGCUGGGGGAGGGUGGAGGUGUGGAUUUGGAGGGGAAGGAUGGUGAGUGUUGCAGAGGGAUUGAGAAUUUGGAGCUCUGGGGUACUGCGGUGAAGUGGGGGACUGAGCUCAAGUUCAAUUCCUCUGUGGAGUGUUGUAAGGCUUGUAAGGCAAUGUGUAGUGGAAUUGAUGGGCCUUGCUUAUGUGAUUCCUGGGUCUUCUGUGGGAAUAAGGAGACUUGUGGAUCAAAAUUUGGAGAGUGCUGGUUGAAGAAACAAAAGGAUAUUUUGGAUCCUGAUCGGCAAGAAGCAGGCCAAACAGUCAGUUGGACUUCUGGGCUCAUCUUUGGGAAAGGAGAGGGCAUUGUUGAGAUGGAAACGAAGUAUGGUACUCUCCACAUAAAACUUUUCCCAGACUGUUCCCCACAUUCAGUGGACUACAUUCUCAAGUUGUUGGCUUUACGCCAUUGUGCCGGUUGCAAAAUAUAUCGUGCAGAGAAUAGGGGGCAUUCUUGGGAUUCGGAAGGAAACCACAUAAAAAAUACUCCUCUUGGUCCCCCAUUUGCACUGAUUCAAGGAACACUUGAGGCUCAAGGAACAACAUUCAAAAAGAUUCCCACAGAGGCUUGUCCUACCAUAAGUAGAGGUUCAGUUGCAUGGGUCGGUUCUGGCCCAGAGUUCUUUAUAAGCCUAGCAAACCACCCGGAGUGGAAAAAAGCAUACACUGUCUUUGGUUUCAUUCUUCCUGAAGAUAUGGGGAUUGCAGAGAAAAUUGCACAACUCCCAACCAAGUCAGAUGUUUGGAACAAUAUUAACGUCUCCAUCCUUGAAAAACCUGUUCCCUUAAUGUUCCGAAGACUGAGAAAAAGCAAUGGAGAUCUUAAAACAGAUGUGAAAUCAGAGUGAAGUGGUAUUUGUUUCUUCUGUGCGUAUGGCAUUUUUACAUUUUCACCAUUUUGUUCAUUUCCGCUGUUUCAUUGCCAAUGUGACUAGUAUGGAUGCCCAGGCUGUACUACCUUUCCGCCCUGAUCAUCAUAUAGCAUAAUUAUUACCGGAGCUAUCACUUAGAUUUUAACUCUCAAAUUUUGAUUCCAAGGAAGAACAUUUGUAAACUUUCUCUUUUGUUCUCUUUUACAGUUGAAAAGUUGCGAUUGUUAUGGACACCAUUUAUUUACUGUGACAUGUUUUCCAGACAAACUUCAUGUACGCAUGCUAAAUUGUUCCUGAGGUGAGUGUCUAUCAUUUUUAAAUAAUCAAAGCUUAAGCAU